GAGGAGGAGUGGCGAAAGGAAAGGGGUGAGAACCAGCACUGGAGCAGCAGCGACGCACAACACAUACGCUCAAGAUAAGCAGCAGCGGCAGCCUCCUCUCCUACACGAUUCUUCUUCCCUUUACACAAUUCACUUACCAAUUUGGUGGCCCUUGAUCUUCUUAACCGCUGAUUAUUGUUCCUCAUGAAAGAUGAGGUGAAUCUUGUGGUUGUGGAUGAUUCGGUGGUGUCACAGACUCAGAGCGUCGAAUGGACAGAAACAGAGAAGGUAGGAGAAAUACUAUGGCUGCCAAUGGUUUGUCCAGAAGGAGACACAGGACUCACACUUUCAGAGACUCACCCGAGGAAGAUGGACCGGUGGAGCUUCCGGAGCCGACCAGGCUCAGAGAUCGAGGGACUGGGAAAAAGGAUCGAGAUCGUGAAAGGGACAGGGACAGAGACAGAGACAGAGAGCGCGAGAGGGAUCGAUCGAGUCGCACCAAGAGGAGGAGAGGGGAUAGGUUGAUGCACAGCAACAAUAGAGAAGAUGGUGGAGAAGAUAGCUCGGAGGAGAGUGUUAACGAUGACGAAGAAGACGAGGAUGAUGAUGUUGGCGGUGGUUCAGUAAGAAUGCUUCCGCUCAACCCAUCAUCGUUAUCUUCCUCGUCCUUGUCGAACCAUCGGAAGAGCUUUCCUCCGGCGAAAGAUUUUAGAGCGGUGUCGACUUGGAAGGCCGCCGAUGAGAUGAUUGGGGUGUUGGUUCCACGGAGGGCACGGUCAGCGUCGACGAAGAGAUUGCAUGAAUGUUGGGCUUCCAAUGGUGGAAUAGCAGGGGAGCAAUUUCACCGGCAAGCGUCAACUUCUCCCGUGAGAACAAGCGUAACGACAACGGGGAUGGGACCUUCUCCAUCUCCGGCAUCGCCGUCUUCGUCUAACGCUUCGGUUCGCAAGAAGAUAAAGCCCAGUGGACCCAAGCAUCGACCCCCAAAGUCAGCAUCCAAACCUUCUUCAGCUCAGGAUGAGAUCGAGAUCGAGAUCGCCGAAGUCUUGUACGAUAUGUUGAGACGGCCUCAAGGGAUUUCCAAACAAGAACCGUCGGCGAAUGACUUAUUGAAGUUCGAUUCCCGGGACACUAGCAAAUCUUCCGGUGACGGCAAGUCAAGGGUAUCUUCACCGAUCUCAAACUCUCAAUCUGCACCGCCUCUGUCGUCAUCAAUCUCACAAUCGAUCACCCCCUUAUCUGCUGUUGCAGCACCCAAAAGGAAAAGACCGCGUCCCGCGAAGGAUGAGGGUGAAAAUCCGACGAAUAUCGCCGUUCGGAAUGGCCCCAUUGCAUCGACCUCGAAGGCCGAAAGUGAUCAGACUUCUAAAGUCGAAACUUGUUCGCCAAAUUUCGAUAAAACCGUCGGAUCUGCGUCCGAAAAAGGCGGUUUUUCAUGCAGCUUACCCAGUUCCCAAGUCGUUCCUCCGCCAUCGAAGCCUCAACCGGAGUCAAUUAAAUUGGAAAGCAACAUGUCGUUGGAUUCUAAGCCGGUAACGGAAGAAUCGGAAAGGCCAGAUGCGGGAUUCAGUAAGGAGGAGCCUCGGUCCCCCAAGAAGGAAUCAAUUGUGCCGAAAUCAGGCGACGACUCCGAGGAUUUGAAAGCGUCAAAAGCGAAGCCAAUCAUUGCCGAGAGUGUGAGCCAGCGGGAAGGGAAGAUCCCGAUAGAUCUGAUGGCGCCACCUCCUCCAUUGAGAUCUUCUCCAGAAAGAGAUGUGGAGAUUGAUUUAGCGGCUGGGGAUCCGCAGCCGUUGGCGGUAGAAUCUGAAAUGGAGGCGAAGCCAAUGGUAAAGGAAGAUGAGAAAUCACAGAAAAUGAGCAAGGAUGAGGCCGUGGCUGUGGGAACCGAUAAGAAGAGAGCUGCGGCGGACGAUACCAAUUCACUGAAACCAGCCGAUAUUCAGAAGGAAAGGUGUAGCGACCUGCGGAUUGAUUUAGAGAAGACUGAUAAAGAUAGUGCCAGUGGCAAUAUGGUUGGGAAGAGGCAUCAGCAGAACGCCCAGAGGCAGCCGCAGCAGCCGAACUCUGAGAAAGCUGUUCAAGCCAGCUCUAUGCCUCUGCCGAUCUCUUUCCCCAGCUGGUCGGGCGGGCUUCCUCCUAUGGGAUAUAUGACGCCUCUACAAGGAGUUGUAUCCACCGCCGUAUCUUCCCCAGCCAUACCACCGCCUCAUCUACUUUUCAAUCAGCCUCGGCCCAAGAGAUGUGCCACCCAUUGUUACAUUGCUCACACUAUAUCGUAUCACCAACGCAUUGCAAGGAUGAGUCCACUCUGGGCUGCAGCAGCAGGUUCUUCAUCAUUAUAUGGUGCUAAGGCCUGCAAUCUCAGCAUGGUACCUUCUACCGAAUUGCAAGGUAAUAUUGUCAGCCGGACUGCAAACUCUGCUCAAGACAAAGGGCACAGUCCUGCCAUAUUUCCAGGUCAUCUUGGGAAGGAAAAAGGCUCUCAAGAUGCCAACAUCGAGAAUGCACAGAGGAAGCAAAUAUUGCUCCAGCAAGCAAUGCCCCCAGGAGCACCUAGUAAUAUAUUGCAAUGUCCUUUCAUCUUCCCGCUGAACCAGCAGCAGGCGGCAGCUGCUGCGGCGGCGGCGUCUGUUAGACCUGGAUCUGUGAAGUCUCUGCCUGCUACAGGCACCGGGGUAUCAUCAUCUAGUACAUCUAGUGCAGUCUCGGCAAAUGCUUCCGCUACGGUGCCUGCUGCUGCGCCAACAAUGAGCUUCAGCUACCCUAAUAUGCCUGGCAAUGAAACUCAGUACUUGGCAAUUGUGCAGAAUAAUGCAUACCCAUUUCCAAUACCAGCACAUGUUGGUGGUCCACCUGCUUAUCGAGGAACCCAUGCCCAAGCCAUGCCAUUCUUCAAUGGUUCUUUCUAUUCUUCUCAAAUGCUCCACCCUUCACAGCUUCAGCAGCAUCAACUUCCAGCCCAAUCCCAGCAAAAUCAACACGGUCUUCAAAACACAAAUAUGUCUGGUGGAUCAUCAUCUUCCCAAAAGCAUUUGCAGAGGCAGCAACAAAAGCCUAAUGCUAGUGGCACCAGUGGCGGUGGAAGCUUGCAAGGUUUCCCUGCCUCAUCCAAAACCCAGCCAUCACAGUCACUGCAGUUGCAGCAGCAGCAGCAACAGAGGCAGCAUCUACCCAAUCAUCAUGCUUCUCAUCCUUCACGCCAAGUUGAGUCUGAGUUGGGUGGUGAAGAUAGCCCAUCUACUGCAGAUAGUAGGCUCUCUCGUGCUCCCAUGAAUAUAUAUGGCCACAACUUUGCAAUGCCAAUGCAGCCGCCAAAUUUUGCUGUGAUGACACCUGCGUCAAUUGGUGGUGCAGGCGCUGCUACUGGUGCUAAUGGCAGUCACAGUGAAAAGAAGCAACAGCAGCAUACUAGUACAAAGGCUGGAGUGGAAGCUUCUCAGGCAUUUGCAAUAUCAUUUGCGCCCGUUAAUGGUGCUGCUACUGCCACUGGCCUUGACCUCUCACCUAUCGCCCAGAACCAUCCAAUUAUGCAGACUCAAAACUUUCAAAUGAUGGCAGCUCAAGCUGCUCAGCAUAAGAAAAAUUAUCGGGUCUCUGAAGAGGGGAAAACUGGAGGUGAUUCUUGUAAUCCAGAUGAAGAUAGGAAAGCAAUGGCAGGAAAAGCUCCUGCAAACGUGGGACAAUCCAUUGUUUUCUCUGGGUCGGAGGUGUCAGAUCCCUCAAUAUCUGCAAUUGCAGGUAACACUGUCAUUGAUAGCUCAGCCCGAACUCUCAACCCUGGUUCUGCUGCGUCCCGUGCUUUGGCUUCUGGCAUGCCUACUACAUUCAACAGCAGUACUGUCAGUUCUCAGCAGCAGAUGCAGCGAAACCAGCAGCAGCAGCAACCAAUUCAGAUUCCAAAGCAUCAAUUGACAACAGCUGCUUCACGAAAUAAGACACCGUCCACAAGUAAUGGGAAUGUCUAUGCCGAUCACCUUUCUUCUGCCUCUUCGGUGGCCACCAAGUUUACCACUGCAUAUCCUCAAAACCUUGCUCAAAGCAGCACCACUGCUGCUCAGUCACCUCGGUGGAAGAAUUCUGUGAGGCCAAUUACUUCUCAGUCUCCUCCAUCCAUGUCACCGACACCAUCAGCUAAAACUGUUCCUCAGCAGCAGGCUCGACCUCAGCAAGCUCACGCACAAAUAUCUUUUGCAACAAAUAUUAAAUCCUCGGCAACCACCCAAGGGCAGUCUUCAGGCUCCACACCUUCUCCAUCUCCUCCAAUUAUGGCUGGCUCACCAACGACUUCCUCAAUUUCCAAAAGUGGGGGUAGCCCACGGACAGCAUCAACAUCAGCUGGCAAUAAGGUUGGCCAGGCUUCGUUAUCGACUCAGCAACCUAAAAGUUCACAAGCAGUGCCAAGUCGGAAGUCCUCACCUGUUGGUGGGAGCAAUGUUCCAUCAAUCCUCAGUGGGUCUCAGCUGAUUCCAUCUUCUGGCACUGGGGCGAAACCCCAAUUGCUGCAACAGCAGCAGCAGCAAACAUCAAAGCAAGCAUUGCAUCCGGCACAGCUAUUCUUCUCAAAUGCUUAUAUGAAUCCCCAAGCUUCACAAUCAGGUAGUUCCACCUCUACAACUUCAGCUGCAAGUGGCUACUACCUUCAAAGACGUGGCCCUGAUUCACAUAUGCAGCGACAAAGCUCAUCAGGCACUUCUUCUAAUGGCAUGCUAUCCUUCUGUCCUUCAGUUACAAUCGUUAAUGCCAGCUCUACUGAUUCUUCUAAGGUCGCUGCAGCUGCAGCCAGUAAUUUGAAAGGUGGUGGUUUCAUGCAUCCGGCACACUUCGCCGCAGCACAACAAUCUGGAAACCACCACCAGUUUGUUGCGGGCUUUCCUUAUGCUGUACCUGCUGCAGUUCAAGUGAAGCCAGCAGAGCAGAAACAACCUGCAGGUGAGUAGGAUGAUAUCGUUGGUCGUUUACUCCACCACUGUGCAUGUGGGUAACGAAGCGGAAAAGCGACCUGAGGAGUGGAAGACGAUGUCUUUCUCACGUGUUCACGCCAUUUUGCAACAUGCGCGCAUGCGGAAGAGAUGGAAGGUGCAACUUUGAGCAAACCAGGGCCUCGUGAUAUGUGAAUUGAAUUAGCGAAGAGACUUCACAAUUUUGGACGGAAAGUCUGACGAACUAUAUGGAAUGUGCCUGAAGUGAAGUGUGUGUAGUAAUCUUUGUACACUUGUGUUUAUAAUCUGACGAGGGUGAUCUUGAAGUCUAAUCAAAAUUCUUUUUGUUCUUUGGAGAGGUGGUUGACGUGGGGCGAAAUUGCUUUUGAACACGUACUUGUUGGCAGAGCAUAGCAUGAAAGGAUGAAACAAGUUGGUGGAGGAAAGGAAGGCAAGAACCGCCUUUCCUUUGCAUUCGUAAUGGAAGUCUUCCUGGCAUUUUCUUUCUCCUCUUAUUUGUUCUCCUUUCAUCCUAUUAUGUUAUUAGACUAGAGAGAGGAGCAGGAAGCAUCUUUUGACAUAUCUAUAUGAAGAGCAUGAAAUAUGUAAUCAUCAUUGUAGGAGAAUAUAAUAGAGUUAGCCACAAAAUUUGCUGGCCCUCUUCUGUCCCGUGCAGUACAACUUCGUUUCGCCUUGACUUUAGAAAUGGCUGAUCGUAUGCUGUUAGACAUGUAGGGAAUAUUUUCCUCCUCCACUUUAGUAAGUCUGAAGUUGUAAUUAAUGUUAAGAGUGUUUGAGAUCGAGUAAUAAUCUGAAGUUUUACAUCA